AUGCCUGGCGCUCUUCUGGCACUCAGCUCACCAUCUCAUGCUGAAGAGCCUUCUUUUGUGGAUGCUCCAGAUGAGCAGUUUGCUGUCAGCACUGGUAGGCCACAAGCUGGCAGUAUCCCUUGGUGUUGGCCUGCCUGGCAACAACGUACUGGGUUUAGUUCACCUCCCUUUUCCAGCCAAGUUGCAGAGGACACUCCCAGCAUUUGGAAAUCACCUGAGGCUAACCAGGCUGUCUGGACCUUUAUUUCCAAUUUCUGGGCUGUGGAAGAUUCUAUGCAGGUGGAUUAUAUCAAAAAAGAGCGUCCCGAUAAUGAUACCAAAGGUCGGGAACUAUGGCUUGAUUUUUUCCGUUGCAAAUGGGCAGACUGGAAAAUAAACAGUGCUGUUGAUGCAGUUCUUGUUGAACGUAGUCUUGACCCAUAUUCCAUUAUGAAGAGAAUGAGAUUAGCAAAUCUACCUGAUCUAGCUACCUCGCAAGUUGCAUUGGCCUAUCCUGGCCUUGCAGAGGUGCUUUUUGGCAUUGAUGCUUUUACUGAGGAUGGCAUUGCUCUUAAGGAGCCAGUACGGCGCUUCCUUGAUACUCUUAUUACACACCAUUGGGCAAGAAAUAGGAAGACCUGGCUAAAGGAUGUCGAGGGGCUUACCAAAAUUCUUACCCGAUAUCGUGAUCAAGAGUCUCUGCAGCAGCUUUCCGAACAGCAAGAAACUCUUAGCAACCUCCUUGAUGGUUUAGGGAUAGAUAUAAAGGGUGGAAGCAAAUUACGUCUACCUAAGCCUCUACGUCAAGCACUUUCAUUCCUAGCAACUCAGCAAGAUAUAACACUACUUGCUGCCUCUAUUCAAGAUCAGUUGAAACUUUGCGAUCCCAAUACUGUCCCAGAGGAUUCAAUACCUGAAUUUGACCCCGAUGCUACUAAUGAUUGUGACUUUGGGUGGUCUGAAGGUGUAGAGGAAUUUAAAAGUAUGUCAGAGGAUAACCUUUGGACUGUCCUUGGACUUCCAGAAAAGCGCAUACCAUUCUUUAACGCUUUGCAAGACCCAUAUGGCAAUUGCGACCCAUGGACUGAAGAUGGCCAAAAUUGGUUGAAAGAUCCUGCAAAUGGUGAGCCACUUGCUCUCCGCUGGCAUCAGCUUGUAGGUCUGGCCAAGAUGGUAAAGAACGCAUUUGAGGGAAAGCCCAUUCUGCUUAUGGAUGAUGUUGGGCUAGGCAAGACUAUCCAGGUCACUGCCUUAAUUGCCUUACUGGCAUUUUAUCGAGAAUUCUAUACGAUACACAACUGCUUUCCAGGGAGAUUAGCUGCCAAGCAGUGGAGAAACAAUGAUGACUCCCCCAAUAUUCCUGAUCUUCCUAUCAUACUGGUCAUCCCGCCAAAUCUUAUCUCCCAAUUUACCUCAGAGUUGCACCGAUUUCUCCAACGAGGAAGUUUUGACAUCCUACCAUAUCUAGCUACUUGGAAUAGUAGGCAAUCCUGGUGGCAAGAUAUUUGGAGCAGGUCAAUCCAGCCAGAAGGACGUCGAAUCAUCAUCACUACGCCCAAGGCCUUAGAAUCUGACUUUGACCGCAUUUUGGAAGCAAAUAACCUUUACCCAUCCAAGAGUCCACGACAGAAAGCCAACUAUGCUACAGAUGCACCAACAACAGCUUAUGGGCAUCAUUUCUUGUUAUGCUCUGUGGAUGAGGCCCAUAACCAAAGAAACAUCAGAAAGGGUUACUGGGCAAUUUUUUCCCUUCGUGAGCGAUCUCUGUCAAUGGUUGCCAUGACAGCAACACCAAUCACCUCUGGACCACUGGUGAGCGACCGCAUCAGCAAGAUAAUUAUUGGAACAGUAAAAGGCAAUGCUGACAUUGAGGUUCCAAGUCUAUACCGUAGUCAGAUGCUGACCUGGAUCAAUGACAUCCGCAAGAGAUUUUCUGGCAUUGUCAUACGUCGCACUAUUUGGUCUGUGGACAAUCAGGGAGUCAGGAUCUCAGGCUUGGCUCCAUUCAAGGAGCAUAAUCUUCUGGUGGAGCUGUACGACCAUGAGGUGGAUAAUCUUGAGCUCAUUGCCAAGGAAUUAGUUGAAGAAGGUGGUACCAGAGCAGCAAAGUUUGCUGCAGGCUCUGUGCCCUCACGCAAACUAGAUGUUCUUGCACAAGUAAUUCUAUGGCAUCAAAAGCAUGACAACCGUCAGCCUCUAUGCGUUGUGGACAAUAAACUUGUUGCAUCAUCCUCAGAUCCUGGCAGCAUCACUGGCAUUGUUGAUCCUAUCAUUCCUGAUAAAAUUCUGGUCUACUGCGCAUUCCCAUCCAGCUAUACCCAGGUGACAAAGGUUCUGGAGCUCCACGGCAUUCUGACUCUACAGAUCUAUGGCAAAUUAUCACUUUCAGCAAGAACAAAUAUCAUUACAAAAUUCAAGAAUAGUGGUCCUGAUGGUCCUCGCGUCUUGAUUAUAUCUAAUAUUGGGCUUACUGAUCCUGAACUACAGGACUCUCUUUGGUCAGCUACAGAUGAAGGGCAACUAAUUGGACGCAUCUAUCGGCCCCCCCAAUCAAAGGCAGUGCAUAUUUACCGAAUUGUUGCUGCAAACACUCAGGAUGUCUUUCUGAACAACAUCUCCUUCAGCAAGGCAGCCAUUCUGGAUGCAUUUACUGGAGCCACCCCAAGCUUACGUAUGUAUUGGCUUGCCCUGCUGCAGUUCAAAAACUAA